AAAAAAAAAAAAAAUAAUAUACUAAAUUGGAAAAUCAUUCAUUAAUGUUACACAAAAACGUAGCUGACGCAGUGACGCGUCUUUAUUACAGGAAAACCACGACAUUUUUUUUAAAUAAUUUAUUUUUAGUUGGGAUUAGUUAAUUGGUCCCUAAUGUCAAAGCGCGGUAGUCCUUCAGAAAUUUCCUCAACAUCACGUUCAAAAAAGGUUAAGCAAAUGCUAGGAAGCUGUUUAGGCGAGACAUUGGACAAUUUCAGUUAUGAAAAAGUUGCACAAUGCUAUCCGACAUUAGCUAAGGAACAACCCGAACGACUCCAACAAGCUCUCAGUCAAGUUAAAGAAUUUUUGAAAACAAAUACUGAGGAAGAAUUUGAAGCCAUUUUGGAACAGCGGAAUAUACUGGAGAAACUUGAUGAACUUGAUGAUAUAAUUGCAAAGGCUAAAAAGUGUCAAAAGGAUGGGCACAGUCCGAUUCAACCUAUGUAGUAAAGUAAAAAUUCUAUUAUGAUCAACGAAAAAAGAUAUACCAUAAUAAUUGAUAU